AUGGCCCCAUUUCGUCACUUGGCAAUAAUAAUCUGCAUGAUGGCAGCAAAAGUUGCGUACGAGAACAAAGCAUAUGCGAGGGACGUGGUCAAUGUACACUGGAAGAUGCAUCUUCUGGGAUUCUUUCAGUUCUAUAAUGACAAUUCAAAAAAGAAUGACACCCAAGCUUUCAUAUGCUGCGACAGGCCAAAGGACGUUCGGUUGAUCAUUGUCUCAUUCCGUGGCACAGAAAUGUUUAAUGCUGCUGAUUGGUUGACAGACCUGGACCUUUCUUGGAUCUCCUUUGGUGAAAUUGGAAGAGUUCAUUUGGGAUUCAUGAAAGGUCUUGGCCUUCACCAAGAAGAAACGAAUGGAGUUCGACCAAAGGAUUAUUCUGCUGGGAAUAAGAACAAUCUGGCAUACUACACCAUAAGAGAAAGGCUGAAAAUGCUGCUGGAAGAAAACCCAGAUGCCAAGAUAUUAGUAACAGGUCAUAGCUUAGGAGGGGCGCUUGCAAUCCUGUUUGUUGCUGGACUUGUGUAUCACCAAGAAGCUGCCUUGCUGAACCACUUGUUGGGUGUGUACACAUUUGGGCAGCCCAGAGUUGGAGAUGAGAAUUUUGGGAGAUUCAUGGAUGCAAAGUUGAAAGAGAAGUACUUCAGAGUGGUUUAUAGGUAUGACAUUGUUCCCAGGUUGCCUUUCGGAGAUCCCAUUACACAGUUUGCCCACUUUGGAAAUUGCAUCUAUUACAGUAGCUGGUACAAGGCACAGGUGCUGAGAGAAGAACCAAAUGAGAACUACAUUAAUCCCUCGUUCUUCAUUCCCAUGCAUUUCGAUGCUUGCCUGGAUUUGCUUAGAGCUUAUCUGAUUCCUGGUGUGAGUAGCCACUGUCCGAGAGACUAUGUCAAUAGCGCAAGGCUGGGCAGAAGAACUGACCAAGCAGAAGAUGAGGGAAAAUCAAAAGACGAUUGA